CACCGCGCUCGGACCUGGACUCGAUGGGGCUUCCCGAGGAGCAGCACAAGAGCGGCCGCGGGAGCGGGGAUCCCGAGGACACGGGAGCCGGGAGCCGGGUGCGGAGCUGGACUCCCCCGCCGGAGGUCAGCCGCUCGGCACAUGUCCCCUCGCUGCAGCGCUACCGCGAGCUGCACCGGCGUUCGGUGGAGGAGCCGCGGGAGUUUUGGGGAGACAUUGCUAAGGAAUUUUACUGGAAGACCCCAUGCUCUGGCCCAUUCCUUGAGUACAACUUCGACGUGACUAAAGGGAAAAUCUUCAUUGAGUGGAUGAAAGGAGCAACGACCAACAUAUGCUACAAUGUGCUGGAUCGAAAUGUCCAUGAGAGAAAACUUGGAGAUAAAGUUGCUUUUUACUGGGAGGGCAAUGAGCCAGGGGAGACCACGCAGAUCACAUACCGUGAACUUCUAGUUCAAGUGUGUCAGUUCAGCAAUGUUCUCCAUAAACAGGGCAUUCAGAAGGGUGACCGGGUGGCCAUCUACAUGCCCAUGAUCUUGGAACUCGUGGUGGCCAUGUUGGCAUGUGCUCGGCUUGGGGCUUUGCACUCCAUUGUGUUUGCAGGCUUCUCUGCAGAGUCUCUCUGUGAAAGGAUCAUGGAUUCCAGCUGCAGCCUUCUCAUCACUACAGAUGCCUUCUACAGGGGGGAAAAGCUUGUGAACCUGAAGGAGCUGGCUGAUGAAUCCCUAGAGAAGUGUCGAGAGAAAGGUUUUCCAGUGAGAUGCUGCAUUGUGGUCAAACACCUUGGGCGGGCAGAGCUGGGCACGAGUGGCUCCCCUAGCCAGUCUCCCCCAGUUAAGAGGCCAUGUCCAAAUGUCCAGGGCAAGCUGAAAGAGAAAUCCAAGCGCAGCCGACCCCAGAUCUCCUGGAACCAAGGAGUUGACUUGUGGUGGCAUGAGCUCAUGCAAGAGGCAGGGGAUGACUUCGAGCCCGAGUGGUGCGAUGCUGAGGACCCACUCUUCAUCUUGUACACCAGCGGCUCCACCGGCAAACCCAAGGGUGUGGUGCAUACAGUUGGGGGCUACAUGCUCUAUGUGGCUACAACCUUCAAGUAUGUGUUUGACUUCCACUCGGAGGAUGUGUUCUGGUGCACGGCAGACAUUGGUUGGAUCACUGGUCAUUCCUAUGUUACCUACGGGCCACUGGCCAAUGGUGCCACCAGUGUUUUGUUUGAGGGGAUCCCCACAUACCCAGAUGUGAGCCGCCUGUGGAGCAUUGUGGACAAAUACAAGGUGACCAAGUUCUACACAGCGCCCACAGCCAUCCGUAUGCUCAUGAAGUUUGGAGACGAACCUGUCACCAAGCAUAGCCGGGCAUCCUUGCAAGUUCUGGGCACAGUGGGUGAACCCAUCAACCCUGAGGCCUGGCUGUGGUACCAUCGGGUGGUAGGUGCCCAGCGCUGCCCCAUCGUAGAUACCUUCUGGCAAACAGAGACAGGUGGCCACAUGCUGACUCCCCUUCCUGGUGCUACACCCAUGAAGCCCGGUUCUGCCUCCUUCCCGUUCUUUGGUGUGGCUCCUGCGGUCUUGAAUGAGUCCGGGGAAGAGCUGGAAGGCGAAGCUGAAGGCUAUCUGGUAUUCAAGCAGCCUUGGCCAGGGAUCAUGCGCACAGUUUAUGGGAACCACACACGCUUUGAGAGCACGUACUUUAAGAAGUUCCCUGGGUACUAUGUCACAGGAGAUGGCUGCCGGCGAGACCAGGAUGGCUAUUACUGGAUCACUGGCAGGAUUGAUGACAUGCUUAAUGUAUCUGGACAUCUGCUGAGCACGUCAGAGGUGGAAUCAGCACUUGUGGAACAUGAGGCUGUGGCUGAGGCAGCUGUGGUGGGCCACCCUCAUCCUGUGAAGGGUGAAUGUCUCUACUGCUUUGUCACCCUGUGUGAUGGUCACACCUUCAGCCCCACCCUCACUGAGGAACUCAAGAAGCAGAUUAGAGAAAAGAUUGGCCCCAUUGCCACACCAGACUACAUCCAGAAUGCACCUGGCUUGCCUAAAACCCGCUCAGGGAAAAUCAUGAGGCGAGUGCUCCGGAAAAUUGCUCAGAACGACCAUGACCUGGGGGAUAUAUCUACAGUUGCUGACCCAUCUGUCAUCAGUCAUCUCUUCAGCCACCGUUGCUUGACCACCCAGUGAACAAGACUGUCCUUUAUCCAGGAUUCCCUUUUCCCAAGUUCUACCAAUCUUUCCUGACCCCUAUCCAGGAGUGAUAAGGGCCAGCUGACCCACACUUUGUCCUUGCAUGGGGACAAAUUCCUGUGACUUCCUGGCAGAUAAGCCCAGGUCAGACUCAGACUCUUGUGUCCCUAAACUGCAAAGAGCUUUCCAGGACCAGAAGAAAGACCUGAGGAACAAGCCCCCACCCCACAUUAGUUGUUUAAAGGGCCAGCGAAGCCCUUAUAAAGCAGGGUGGCCCUCGAAUCCUGCCAUCUCUCUCAGGAAGCACCAGUCCUUCUCCUGAGCACGCACUUGACUUUAGAAAUGACAGUCUGUGAGUCCAGGAAUAAUAAUUAUUUUUUAAAUGCUUUUCUGCUUCUGUUGAGUCAUGACGACACUGCCUGUCCUUUUACUCCAGGGGCCAUGCAGGUCGGCUCAGUCUCUGGAGGAUUUUCAGAUCCUCUGCUUCAUUGAAGGAGCAAGAUGUGCUUAGUUCUUAGAACCAGAGGUGGUUGCUUCCUUAUCCUGCCCCAGGCCCCAUGAGCAGAACCCUGCCUAUGAGAAACUCUUCUUGUACUAGUUGGGCUGAAGCCUGUGGCCGUAGGAAUAAAGUCUGUGGCUCUGAGGAGGUGGUGAGUGGUUUGCUUAGGUAUCUUCCAGGUUGUGUAAGCAUUAGCUUACGGAUUUGUAGGGCAGGUGGAAAGGAGAAUGGGACCAGGAUUAUCCUGGUAUCUUCCUUCUAGAACAUUUGAUUUGGGCAAAUCUAGGUACUGCUUCACUCACAGAACCUCUGACAAACCCCUGAGCUCAGGAGUGACGGAAGCAAGUUACCACUGUUAUGUCCCUUCAGGGCUAUGAUGUUCCACUUGGGCUCUGGCCUGGGACCCUUUUUCCCUGUGACCCUGUGGCAGCAUUAGUGGGUGACUGAAGAUUCAAAUGUCAGGGUCCUAACCAUAAAGUCUAAGUCUAGGGAGACCUUGACUAUAGCAUAAUCUCCUUCCCUGCUUAUCUACCUGAAGUGGGCUGACCUAGAUCACAGCUUCCCUUCCCUCUGUGCACAAGUCAAUGAAUCACUGAAUAAGCAGUGUUGCUUUAUUUAAGGCAGCGCUGGAGAAAGUCUAUGCCCAUCCAUCCGCUUCUUCUGCCCCACUUAGUCCCAGCCAAGUCAGGCACUGAAACCUGAUAGAAGGGCUGACAAGGAGGCAGCAGGAGCAAGGCAGAGUUUAUGGACUUUCACCUAGAGCAGUAAUCCCGUCCUGCACAGAUGUGAGGGCCACUAGAGGCCUUUAGGGAAAUACCUGUUCUGGGCCUCGGAUGAUGGGGAGCCAAGAGAAGGAACCCAGAUUCCCCCUCCCUGUUCAUCUCGGAGGUCUCUGGAAGACAGCAGUCUCCUGAAGGUAGGAAGGGGAUGUUGGCCCCUCAGGAGGGCUAGGAGAGGAAUGACAAGUGCAGAGGCCAGAAGGUCUCUUGAGUAAAGUUCAGGCCUUGCCCUCACACGGGGAAUGGGUUGUCCAAAACUGCCACUCCCGCUGCCACACCACCAUCUGCAUGCUCGACGGCUUUGGUUCGAAGCAGGUGCCCCGCGUGCUCGUUCAUCACGAGUGUCUUUCCCUGCCUGUGAGAAUGGGGUCAGAAGGACACACAUCAGCAAACCUGGUUCCAGCUGAGAAAAAGAUGAGUGAGUGGCUGUAUCCAGGGACUGUUAGGAUGUUACAAUCAGAUUUCGAUUGUGUCCGAGCUUGGGAAUUACUAGCUCUGUAUCUGAGCAAGUUCCUUAGCCUUUCUAAACAUCCGUGUCUGUCAGUGUCAUUGAUUUAAAAUUGGUGAUAAUAUCUCUUGUAUUACAUGAGGAUAAAAUAAAACGAGAAGAGCACUUA